AUGGAAAGCGUUUGCAGACCGCGCCUCUGACGUCAUACUCGAUUACCGUUUCUCAUUGGUCUCAAAUUCCCAAAGCCUAGGCUAAUUAUUGGAAGGUUCAUGUUGAUAAAGUACAGCUCAUCCUUCCCUCCACACCAUGUCCCCUCCUCGCUGGCCACUCUCACUGCAUGCUUUUUAAAUUCACACCACCAGCCUCCAGACGUCGUUUCCUUUUGCCUAGGAGAUGAUGGACAGCAGGAUACUGGAUCCACCUCAUGCCCAGUUCGGAGGCUCUCUCGGCGGGAUGGUGGGCUUUCCGUACCAUCUAAGCCACCAUCAUGUUUACGAAUUAGCCGGUCAUCAACUUCAAUCUGCGGCCGCAGUUCCUUUUUCAAUAGACGGAUUACUUAAUGGUUCCUGCACAGCUUCAGUGGUUAAUUCGAACCCCCUCUUGUCUGGCUGUGGUAUGAAUGGAGAUAACCAGCAGUACAAGCUGACAGAUUCGUGUGACCCAGACAAGGAUAGCCCCGGUUGUAAGAGACGACGAACUCGCACAAAUUUCACUGGUUGGCAACUGGAAGAAUUAGAAAAGGCUUUUAAUGAGAGUCACUAUCCCGACGUGUUCAUGAGGGAAGCACUGGCUCUGAGAUUGGACUUGAUAGAAUCGAGGGUACAGGUAUGGUUCCAAAAUCGUAGAGCUAAGUGGAGGAAAAAAGAAAACACAAAGAAGGGUCCAGGGCGACCAGCUCACAACUCCCACCCAACAACAUGCAGUGGAGAGCCCAUGGACGCGGAGGAGAUCGCCAGGCGAGAGCUGGAGAGGAUGGAGAAGAAGAAGAGGAAGCAGGAGCGAAGACUGUUGAGGUCCCAGAAUAAACUUUUGUCAGGGGACCUAUUUCACACCCCAGGAUCUGACAGUGACAGUGGAGUGUCACAAGUGACAGACAGUGAACAAAAUCCACAUUGUGACUCUGUAGGCCGAAACCAAACCCAAUCGAGCUGUGACCAAACACCACAAACCCUCCAGAACCAAAGACACUUGAACCAAGAUGCUGGUGGAUCCGAGCUGGACUCGUCCGACAGCAGUCAACAGUCAAGCAUGUGCGCCAAUAGCAGAGUCUCCAACCUUCAGAAACUGAACCCAUUCAGCGUAGAAAGCCUUCUAUCCGACUCCAGACCAAGGCGCAAACCGAACAUAGAUGGAUUUUCUGCCUUACCCUCCUCGCGGCCUUUGAUAGGGAAAGGACAUUUCUUACUCUAUCCUAUCACCCAGCCGCUUGGAUUCAUUGUUCCUCAGACUGCUUUGAAGACAACACCACCAGACUCAGAUGCUGACAACUCCACACAAAGAACCCCAGUGAAUGACAGCAGCUUAUCUGCCAAUACUGGACAUAAAAACAAUAAGGAGUCCAACAAUCUCAACGACGCGAAAGCAAUCAAAGUGCAGGUCAACUUUACCGCGAAAAAUACUAGUUCCCCACAGAACAGCCCAGGCCAUGUUACCUUUUCCAGUAGAAACUGUAGUCAGUCUUCAGCCAGUUGUAGUGCAACAUAUUUCCAAGAUGAUGAUGAUUCAAAGUAUCUGCCAUUAGACAAAAAAGAGCAGUCUGUAAAAGACUACCCAGAGAGUUCCGAGUCUGUGACAACCAACUGUCCACCAGAGACAAAGACAGAGACUCAAGAUGUCGAUAUGGAAUAAUAGACCUAUAGGUGAGAAACAAUAUUGAUAGCGUCAACAACACCUUUCAUUUGCCCAAAGCUCAAUCACGUCUUAGAAUAUAAAUUCUCAUUUUACAGAUGACAUAUAUAGCCUAUUUUCUGAUGAUGAUGGGUUAUAACUGUGUGUGUGUUUGUUGCGUGCGUGCGUGUAUAUGUGCACGUGUGUGUGUGGUGGUGGUGGUAGUAGUACAAGCCCCCCCCGCCCCCCCCCCCCCCCCCCCCCCCCCCCCCCUGUGUAACGAACUGUAAAAAUACAUAAAAACCACAAAAAUCCUCAAAGGCUGUAAAAAGUAUUAUAAUAUUUAUAUAUGUAAGGUUUUCAUAAAUAAAUCGAUUGUAUACAAUACAUCCAAACCGUGUGAGACCUUAAAUAGCCCGUAUAGUGGGUAUAGGUAGCGCUUUCUGCUAAAAUCUGAUGUUGUAUUUUGUGUAUUGCUUUAACAAAUUUAUUCAUCUAUAAGCCUCACUGAAAUGAGGUUACGAGCCGGAGGCGAAAGGACCCGCUCGACUCCUGCAGAGUUUUGAUAUGAAAGUAAUUAUUUUCCCGGUGGCUACUGCAGGGAUUCAGUUUAUUUUAGCCCAAAGGGUUAUUAUACAUUACCGAUUUCUAGUGAUAUGAAAUCACAUAAACUUCCAAGAAUAAUAGAAUUAGCAUGAAAGGCUGGGGUGUCAAAUUGAAAUACGAAAAUAAUAGCCCCGGCAGCUGGGAGUGUGUUUGUGCAUAUUGGAUAGGAGAUGGGAAUUCGUGGGGCGGAAUUUUCAUGAGCUUUUCACUUUGUCAGGGCCCUUGUAGCCGGCUAUAUUAAGAUAGAUGUUCGAUGAUAUCCCUCAUUGUUCUGUCGCUUACAUUGAUGUUUCUGUGUUAUCAGCCUAUUGAUCAUGCGUCGGCUGUAAUAGGACGGGCGAAGCAAACGUGCCUAUUUACAAUAGCAGAACACAUUUGUUCUAAUAGGGUUGGCGGUCCCCAGGGAUGCUAUGCAGGCUCGGGGACAUCUGCGCCAUGGCAAUAUUAGCAAUGUUGACCAGAUAGAUUUAAAAUCGAGGUAAGAAAGGAAAGACUAUUCACAUCGCAUACAGCUUGUUUUACAAGAUAGGGCCUAUAGGUAUAACGCACGUGAAAAUGCCCUCAAUAACACGAACAUCUAAAUCCUAAAAAUGGAAAACAUCCAUUCCAGUGUGUCCUUAAAUACCCAGAGUUCCUGCUACUCUUUUAGGGUCUUGAUUUGCAAAUAAAUUGAAAAUAAUCAGAGGGGCAGCUUUACAUCUGAGCCGGCGCAAAUGAAUUUCUGAGCCUGUGUCCCUUUCAUAAUAUUUACAUAAUUUUCACCCGAUGACUGCUGUUUGCUCAGAGGAAGCAAUGACUUAUUGGGUGUGGGUGAAGGGGGGCUUUUGGUAUAAGAGACAGGCAAAAGUGUAUAGGGAAAGGGAAAAUUUAAUCUCAACAGAGAGUAUAUAGGCCUAUGGCAGAGACAGAAAGUCAAUAAGCUAAUGAAUAACUUAUUAUUUGAUGAAAACAGAUCCAAAUACAAUGGCCCUUGGAAGUCCUCAACCCAACAAAGAUAAUACUUUUAACUUUUAUUAAAUAUAUAUUCCUAUACCCGACAUAAUAUUUAAAGACAUUAUCUUCUUAUUCAGCCAGCCGCAGCCUGUCCAGCUCCCUAUUGAGCUUUAUUUCUGUCAAUGAGUUGCCAUUUCGGAUAGGCCAUUUGGAAAUUAGAGUUCUCUGGAUGUGUCCUUCAAUAUAUAUAUAUAUAUUUUGUGUGUGUGUCUUAUUUGGAGCGUAUGUUGUAUGGUAGGGGGUGUUCAUGUUUAAUUCAUUAGCAUACCGAACAGGAGUAUCGUGGCUGCACACUGGUGGCCUUAAGGUGAAAUUAGCGAUUUGCUUAAGUAGUUAAGCUUUUUUUUGCCUGAGAGCUGCACGCUGUAUGAUUCAAGACAAACUAUCAAUCGAUAUGGCCCAGGCAGCCUCCAGGAAAUGUGUCCUCCAUGAAUCAUACUUUAUGAAUUCAAUUUCUACCCGGAGAAAUUUUCAAUUUGAACGCCGGAUCAUUAUGGGAGAGUGUAAAUUGUUUUUGCUCUAUUAUGCAUCGGACGCCAUCAUUUUUCUUUCUAAUUACGGAGGUGUCAGGUCGGGCUGUCAUGCAGGCGCUGAUUUUCAAUUUAACUGAUCAUCAUGCAUUCAUUUUCCCAUUUGAUAAAUCUGCUAUCUCGACGCCUCUCCAUGCCUGGAAUGCUAAAAGAGAGACACAGACUGGCAAAGUAAUAGAGGCGUAUAUGCAGCAAUAAGUGCAGAUCAGGCAGCUAAUUUAGCACCUCCUGAUAUUUCAUUUCCAUUUUUCAUUUUCAACUCUCAAAGGAGGGAAAAGCAGCCCAAAGGCAGAACUCUCGUUCGCAUUCAGCAUCAGAGAGGGAAAAAAGACUACGAAAAAGCUUGUUUUCAACGACACAUCCAAAUUGGGAUAUCAAGCUUAAUUAAUGCUAAUUGAGUUUCUCAAUACGUGUUAUUUUUAUUUAAUAGAAACAAAUUUGCGCAAUUAAUUAUGAGCGUGAUAUCAAGAACCUCAUUUGCAACAUUCUCUUUUCCCUCCCUCGCAGCUUUGAGUAAAUUAACUUAUUUUGUCAUUUGCCAUUUUUUUUGCAAAUUAAGGGGGUGAACCAGGAAUUAUGCCAUUGACAUUAUUUAAGAAUGAAAGAGGCACACUGUUUAUAUUUUUACAACAUGCAAUGUUCAUAGCACACACCAAUGCCGAACUUAACAACAUAAUUAUACAGAUAUGCCUACGAAUAAAUUACUUGUCCAUUUACGUUGUUUUUCUUCAGCAUUGCAUGGGCCUAUUGGUGUUAGAAAUGAGUGAGUGUAACAUCAAUUUUUAUUCAUGAAGCAAUUCAUUAAUUGUUGUCUCAUCGUUUAAUUUGUCACAGUCAUAACUAUUUGAAGCUGGCUAGUACACAUGAUUAUAGAAAUGAACACAACGAAAAUUGUGUUUAGUGACCUGCUAAUUCAUUGGUUUUGUAGAUUAUAGGAAUGUUAUUAAGCACUUUUCCUUAUACAUUUUCCAAGAUCAUGUUUCCUAACAAGCCUUAUGAUACUUUUGAAGAUUCUUUGAGUUUCUAAGUGGUUAUUCACGUAUUGUUGCUAGAGGUUUUCUACAAACUUGUCACUAAUAGUAUCUGCUUAGCAGGGCUUUGUUUCAGUAGCUGGAAAUGAGCAUGAAUGUAGAAGGACUGUGCCAAAUCCAUUCAAGAUUAGAAUGAUCAGUCAUACACUACAGACAUCAAAUUACCAAUUAGUUUAGCUAUUCGAUGUGGAUCUAUAGAUAGUCCUACAACAUAGUUUAGUAUAUGCGUAAAUGACUUGCAGAUGUGAGCCUAUAUUUUUUAUAAUAAUCAAACAUUGCAAAUGUACACCAAUAAUAUUAGGCUACAACAACCCAUAGACAAAACAUGGCAAGUAAUUUCAUUUCCACGUGACUCAAAAUCAAUUUAGGCAUUGACCGUAAAACAAUGCACAUGCCUAUGAUAAUCCUAUCCCACGUUUGCUUGGCCGAGAUAAGAGCGAUUAAGUCUGUCGGUCCAUUAAUAAGCAUGCGAUGUAAUAAAAUCCUAAAAAAGCAUGGCGGAGUUGCUCCAGGAUAGGAGCCAAAUGUCAAGUAGCAUUUUAAGCGAUUGUGUUAAAGAUCCAAGUGCCAGUGUUUCUCUUUGGGUAUCACUGGGACAGAAGGAAGUCCCCUUCAUUCUCUCAUUCAGCCUCACUGAAUUAGCUAAACUACGGUGGUAGCCUAAACUAAAAUGACUUCAAUUUGACAUAAAGUCAUUGGCUGCAUUGUUGAGAUUAGUCGAUCAUAGUCGAUCAUGAACAAUGCACUACUAGCCUAUAGCACAAACUACAACAUGUCUUAUAGAGCAUCCAGUACAAUCAAAGCGUGACAAGAGAGAAGCCAGCAGUCUUUUUUGUAGCUAUUGGCCAAGACAAAAACAUAGGCUACUAUAAGUAGAAUGUUGGCUCUACACUCUUAGAAAAAAGGGUUCCAAAAUGAUUAUUCGUCGUCCCCAUUGGAGAACCCUUUUUGGUUCCAGGUAGAACACUUGGGUUACAUGUAGAACCGUUUGUGGAAAGGGUUUUGGGUUCCAUGUAGAACCCUUUGUGGAAAGGGUUUUACAUGGAUCCCAAAAAGGUUCUACCUGGAACCAAAAAUGAUUCUUAAAAGGAUUCUCCUAUUUGGGGACAGCCGAAAAAACCAUUUUAGGUUCUAGAUUGCACCCUUUUUUUUCUAAGAGUGUAGAGAUGUGUGAAGAUGGAAAUAUUCUAUUGAAAUGUUAAUGUCUGUUGUGUAAUAGGCCCACCCAUUUGAAGACCUUCUAUAACAUUUAAUUAUCUCAUCAUCUCAACUGUCGCCUGUCGGCUUUAUCUGCAAAUUCACGCUUGGAAAGUACAGGCAGUGGGGGACUGAAUUAUACUCUAUCCAUCUGUCAUAUCAACCAACUACAUCAAACCAUGUGGGAAACAAUAAAGGCAACCACCUAGAAUUAUUCCGUUUUUGUAAGGUUUGAGUUAUAGGCCUAGCGCCAAUCUGCUUUCAGCUACAUUCAAUAUGCCCCAAAAUGCUUCUUCUAUAGCAAACGCAUCUUGUCAUAUCCAGAUGUAGACAUUCUGGUUUACAUUUGAGGCGUUUACCAUCCAUUAUUUUGACCUGGAAUGGAUCAACAUCAUAAACAUGACCCAGAAAUUAACACCAACUCCCUUGGUCAUUGUGGUUAUUAAAUAUCUAACAGCCUGUGACUGCAACCCUGCUCUUCUCUGCUAAUUAUCACCUUGUGAAAAGUGUUUCAUUAGCUUUUUUUCAUUUAAUGAACCAACCACGGAAUUCCAGCCAAAUAACUAAUAAGGGGUCUUCCUCAAAGUCAUGAGUAAUGACAUUUAACAUAGGCCUAUGUAUUAUAGAUAGACCUAUAGCUUAUUCAGCUUAUCUAGCCACUCUCAGCUCAUGUGUGAUAUGGAGGGAUGUACUUCCUCAGUGGACCCAUAUGUCAACACCCACAGAUGUGGUGCUUUAAAAAGAUCACUCAAUCGGUUUCCAAAUCCAUUCAGCCAACAAAAAAAAAAAAAAAA